CUCUCGUCCUUCGGUUUCUGUCUUCUGAACUGUUGAUCCUGCGACUUCUUGUUUCCAAAACGCCCUCGUUUCGCUUUACACACCCUGUACAAGCUAUUUCUUGGAUACAUUCAUCAUUGGUACGCAACCGAGUCUUAUAGGGAAGUAUACUUCAGGUCCAAAUGACGGAACAAAUCACUGAUAUCCAAUGGCAACCCAACAAGGAAGGCCAGGAUCUCCCCCAGCCCCUCCCCAUAACCCGCAAGGAUCAGAUCACCAAUGUAACUCCUCUCCUUCCCUCGCUUUCCUCAUCUUCCUCUCUCCUCCUGACUUGCAUGAUCGCCCUAGGUCAAGUUAUACGAGAUCCAAGCAAGCCCCCCCUGCGUCAUGGUCAGAGCGCUCCUCUCGUACGGUGACAUCAGUUACGAGAGCGUCCUCGUCAACAUGAUGAGCAAGAAAGAGCUCAAGUGGUCUACCUACCAAAAGAUCCCCAUCCUGGUCGUCAACGGCAUGCAGGUGCCUGACACUAAUUGCGAGCCGACUGAGCCUGACAUCCUGCCCAGAUCAACGACUCCUACAUCAUCUACAAAGAGCUCUGUGCAAUCGUCUUUGGACGAAUACUGUCGGAUGUAGAAUCGAAGCAGAUCCAUGACAUCACGUACGGGAUGCUGCUGGCGUUCCAGUCGGAGUUCUUCGGCUCUCUGGCCGUGAGGAAGAAGUUCGUCCGCCUGUCCUUCGCGGGCAAUUGGUGCUUUGCGUGUUGUUUUCACCCAUGUAUCCGCAUGUACGUGGGCCGUGCUCCCAAC